AUGCAAGAGGUGAAUAUUUGCGCACAUUGCCCCCUAAAACCGAAAUCCGAUGCUCACCUCCCGAUGAAUUUCUAUCGCGGCCAUAUGGAAGUACCUUCGCCAUCGAAAUUGGGAGCUGUUCCCAUCAUCGAUCACAGUUUCUCGGGAGGAUUUCUCGAAUCGGUUCCUGCAUUUAAUUUCAAGGUAUAA